GUUUCAAGUGAAAGUGAAAGUGAAGGGUGAAGUAUUGUUCCCCGCAGAACUUCGCUGCUUGAACUUGAAGUUGCAUCAGCUGCACCAUGCUGGCACUGGCACUGGCAGCCUGAAUUGCAGUCCACUGCACAAGGCAACCCACUGCAUUGCCUGGAGGCUGGAGCCAGCUAGCAUAGGUAUUGGAGUAGCGGCUACAUGACAUGAGAGGAGUUGGUAUAGCGGUAGUCACGCGUGUUCUGUUCGACCAAGCGCGCAGGUUAGGAAGGAUGGAAGCAGCAAUAGCCAGCAUUGAGAUCCUGUUGGAGAAAGCACAGGCGGAUUUGGAGUUUGUCGCUCAGAAACUGGAGGAAGAAUUUGAAGAGAAGUUUUCAAGAAGCGGGGUGAACCCAAUCAAGCUGGUAGCAAGACUGAAGAAGAUCCAGGAGGAGCUCCCCCAGGUCAAAGCGGAGAGCGAAAAUAUCCUGGCUGCAAAACAGGAUCUGAUCGAUACUGCCAAGCAGAGCAUUGUGACAAAUCGGGACCUCUUGAGGCGCCUUCAGGGUCGAGCAGGCAUGCCGGUUGUGCCAGAUUUCGAGGACGGAACGUAUAGAGCCUUCUCAGAAGCAUUGCAGGAGUGGGACUCUCAAGUCGGCUUACAUACAGUGCAACGAAAUGUGUCUGCCAAUGGCAAGGGGCUGAUACAACCCCAAGACCUAAAUCUGGAGCUUUUUAGAUCAUCAAGAAGGGGCCAACCUUGAGACUUCGAACAUGUCGAUGUUCUUAAGUCAGCCUCAACAUUUCAGCUCUUGAUAAGCGUUCAGGCCUAUACCUUCUGAGUGUAAGGAGGUGCAAGUACAUCAUGGCAACGACCUGUGUUUCGAACUUGCUGAUCAGGUUUCCCGUUCAGUCCUCCAUGUUAGCGGUCAGCGAAUGAUACUGGUGUUACACCAAGGGGAAUCAGUCUCGAAAAAGAAGGGUACUACCCAUCAACCCACUUCAGAGUCGACAUUUAGUUCGAUACGGUAUGAAUUCUAUUCAAUUGAAUCCCGCUAGUUAUCAUGGAGCUACCGUUCAUGGUUGUAACUUCUCAUCUGUUAACCAUCGCCCUUACGCACGUUAAAACCAUU